AAAUAAUAAUAAAUGUAGGAUACCUAUAUUUUCUUUUAAUAGCAGGAAAUUUUGGUUGGAAUAAGUUUUGAACAAAUAGAAACAUGAAUAUUAUUUUUAUUUCUUAAUUGGAUGUGAUUAGUUAAAACUUACAAAUAAAAAAAUAUAAUAUCAAGUUGAAGCAUAUACGGCACUGAAUAGUCAGCUGUUUUCAGCUAUUAUAGAUGCCAGUCUGCCAAACGCCAAGUGAGAAAGAAGUGAACAAGUGUUGGGUUGGGAGUUGAGAGAAUGAGUGACGACUGACGAGGUAUUUGCUUGGGUGUUGGACAUAGAAUGACUCAAAUCUUGUGUUGAUUUCUAGAAAUAUUGUAAUAGUAUUUUCCCUAAAGAUCUAUGACUCAUCUUCCUGCUGAAUUAUACUGUAUGAAUUCUUGACUAGAACUGUGCAACAAUUAUAACCCUGAGUGAGAUGGAUUUGAAGAAGAAAUCGGGCUCACUACAGGAGCAGAUGGCCAAGUUGAGCAUUGACAAUGUAGCCACUGGGCAGCAGCCUGUCAAGAAACUCGGACCUGCCGUCCCCCCCAAACCAAAGAAACCUCAACCACAGGUACCAACACAAAAUAGUAUUUUAAAUGGACCUUCUCAGCCGGCCUACAGUCCUGCUCCCCCACUCACUGCUGGCUCGUUGGAUCGGCGAGCCAGGGACUCACCUAUUUAUUCCAAUAUUGAAGCACUCCCAGACCUGAGAACAAACGAAGUGCCAGCGCCAAGCUCGUCUGUGAUGUAUAGUAACUUGGAAGCGUUCAACCAACCGGCGGAUCCCUACACACGGAGAAGCGACCAACACCAAGCAGUCUACUCUAACAUUGGAAGCAAUGCCACUUACAGUAAUGCAGGAGUUAAGGACACAUCGACGUAUAGUAACAUUGCAGCUUAUGCUAAUCUAGAUGAUCUGCCUCCACCGCCCCCCGAACCGGUAGAAUACUCAGACUUCCCUCCUCCACCGGCCGAUUUACCCCCUCCACCGUCUCCUGUAAGUAGCAGUUACUCGGAGCUUCGACGGGCCACUCAUACUGGCUACCAACCUGACUAUUCAACGUAUUCACCUCCCUCUCAGACUUCUUCGACGUACGAAUCGAUUUACGAGCCGAUCAACCCUCGUCCCCCGAGUGGCAUGUCGUCGCGAUCCAACUACUCGCUGUACGCGCCCUACGUAAAGGGGGCGCAGACCGGCCCCAGGGCGGGGGGCCACAUCCCCCAGGAGGCCGAAGUUGAUGCUCUCACCGAUCUACUGGUGCAGUCCAUGGACUCAUCCACCCAGGAUUCUGAAGUAUUCGGGGACUGUGUGAAAUGCGGCGAGAGAGUGGUUGGAGAAGGCACGGGUUGCACAGCCAUGGACCAGGUCUAUCACAUCAGCUGCUUCACGUGCGUCCACUGCCACAUGCCGCUCAAAGGCAAGCCAUCCUACACGCUGGAGGGCCUGCCCUAUUGUGAAGCCGGAUACCUGGAUACUCUAGAAAAGUGCUCGGUUUGUUUGAAUCCGAUCCUGGACAGGAUACUGAGAGCGACGGGUCGGCCGUACCACCCUCACUGCUUCUGUUGUAUUGUCUGUCACAAGUCAUUGGAUGGCAUCCCUUUCACUGUCGAUGCUACCAACCAAAUCUACUGCAUCGAAGACUUCCACAAGCAAUUCGCGCCAAGAUGUUGUGUAUGCAAUCUGCCCAUAAUGCCGGAACCUGGUCAAGACGAGACAGUUCGUGUAGUAGCUCUCGACAAGAGCUUCCAUGUUCAAUGCUACAAAUGUGAGGACUGUGGUUUAGUUCUUUCUACCGAAGCCGAAGGAAGUUGCUAUCCACUAGAUGACCACGUUCUGUGCAAGAGCUGCAAUGCCAAGCGUGUACAGAAACUAUCAAUGAGUAUGACCACCGAACUGUAGGAUACAUAAUAGUUUGUAUGUUUACAUUGAAAGCAUUUGCAGAUAUCCCAUAAAAGCGUAGCUCCAUUACCGCAACCGUUCUUCACAUUUCACAAGCAGGAUCAAACUAAAUAUGCCUCUUAUCUUUCGAUUAACGUCAGGUCAAAAAAACUGACUUAAUAAAACACGUCAAUUUUUUCUUGGAAAAUAGAAUUCUGGGAGAUCAAAAGAAAGUUGAAUGUCGUAAUGUAGAAAUCGGAGGUAUAGAGACUCGGCUGCCAUUACUCGUGACUGAACACAUUGUAGGCGACUCGCUUUUAUGGGACACCUUGUGCUUUCAAAUUCUAUAAAGAUUAUGCUAGUUGAAUAAUAGUCAUUCACCAUAAUAUUGUAUGAUAUUGCAUUUAUUAUUAGACUUAUAUUCGCUUAGUAAAACCGAAUGUGGGGGUUAAAGAUAUUUUAGUUAUAUUGUUGACUUCAUACCAAACUACGACACUAAACGAUGCUUGAUAAUUUUGCUAAUAUUAUUAUUCGUUGGCUCUUAUAAAAUUAUUCUAAAAUAUUCAAUCGAAGUAAAUUUUUAAUAGUUGUAUCAAAUUGCAGAAUUCACCACCCCUGUAAAUAAUUAUCAUGAAUAAUACAGUACCUAGUAUGUUUGAUUUAGUAAAAUCUCUAUUCAAUCGUGUAUAGUGAAUUUUACUUUUAAUUCCCAUUUUUUCUAGUCUGAAUGAGUCAUCAUACUUUUCUAAAUAUGAUGAAUGUUUUGUCCUAUUCUUCUCGGAUUCAAAAUAUUUCAAGUGUUAACAUUAUUUAGGGACUGUAGCUUGUUUCAGAUAAUUCCAUCAGUGAAAGUUGAAAAAUUAUCAUUAAUUUAUAUUCAUACAUACUACAUAAUAUUCAUUGUUCUUUUAGUAUUGUUAUGACAUUUCCGAUUUUGUUAUCAAUUCUAUGUUUAAGAUUUUAGCCUCUUAAAAAUUCAAUAUCAUAUUUUAUCAUUUUUAUGCAGUUUGUUUGUAAAAUCUACAUUCAUCUACUUUUCCAUUCUAAUAAAUGUAAUGAAAACUCGGCUCAAUUUAGUUGAGCAAUGGUUCUGUGACAUGUAUUGGAAAUAUUGUUGUUUGAGUCUGCAAUGUUAUAAGAUAUACUCGAAAUUCAUAUUAUAUGCCUUGACGGUGAUUCCCACAUAAGCUUCAGGCCUGUGCCUGGGUAGUACGAAUCACGAUGAACGAUGAGGAAAUCUAUAGCUUUAGGUGGAUUACAUCGGGAAGUAACUUUUAAACUCAAAUUAUAUCUCAGCAGGAGUGGUAUGAUGUGCAUAUAUUUUAUUUCAAUGAUGAAAACCAGCCCUAUCAUGGACCCACUGCUUCCCUAAUACCUAUUCCAUACCUUUGAAAUACCUCGUUCCAUUUUACUUACCGUAUAUCCACUAUUAUUUGCUUGAAGAAAAUUGUUUAUUUUAUUUACAUGAAAUUGUUUUUAUCUUCUCGAAACAUAUAACCAAACUGUAACCAAUCUCAAUUUAUAAUAUGUAUAAAAAGUGAUUAUUCUGUAUCAAUGUUUCUACUACGGCUGUCAAUUCUAGAUAAAUGACAGUGCUUUCUAUAGUAUUAAUAUUGCUUGAAGUAUUACUUGUGAUGGAAUAUAGGCUAUUUACAUAGAAUAAGUAGCUGCUAAAUAGGCAAAAACUCAUAUAACGAGUACCUAUAUUGUCCAGAAAUUUAUUGUUUUCAAAGCCCUUCUCAAGUUCUACCAAUAUUGGUAGUGAUUUGACAGGUCUUUGAAUUAAUACCCUAAUUAAUAUCGGCUAUUUUUCGCUCUCGUUGAGUAUUUAAUGAUCAGUUGAUCGAAGGAGCUGCAGAUGUGGUCUGAUGAGUUGAUUCCUAGUUUUUGGGUGCGGGAGCGGCCGGAAGUUGAAAUAAGCAAACUGCGCAUGCCUGACUGGUGACUGCUGAGUUCCUAAUUUUAAAAUUACGGCGUGCUAGGCUCAAAUAGAUUGUAACAACUCAGCUGGUUAAUUAAAUGUUUUUGCUUUGCAUAGUAGCGUCUUGGUGAUGUGUGAGGGGUGAAUUGGUCCAGGGAUCACUCGUGAGACCGUGUCUGUAGUUAGAAGCACACAAACUGCGCUCCAAUUUAUUUCUUGUCCAUUUCUUCCCAUUGUCUAUCUCCCUUGCAUUAUAGGUCCACGUUUUAUUUUUUUCGAAAUAUAUCAACAACCCGUAUUGUAUAGACGGCUAGUAGGUACUCAUACGCUACAUCUACUAAAAAAUUAAUCUUUCAUACAAGCUUUUGAAGUAAGGUUUUAUGUGAAAGGUUGUUCUAGACUGGAUUAUUAAAUAAUUACUCAUAACAAAUUAUUCCUCCUUAUUCACGAAUCUAUGAAUUGAAUGAAUUUAUCUACUAUACAUACUGAUAUAUUGUAAGAUAUUCAAGAUCUUCCUUGUACAUAUAUGAUAUUUUUGUUAUUUAGUUCUAAGUAUCCAUGCCGUUCAUCUCGAAUAAUUUCUUCAAUAGCAUAUCUCUGUCUUUCCCAUGUUUUACAUGUAACGAACUGAGAAUCAUUCUUUCCAUGGAUGUUCAUUAGAUCGAUUGAAUAAAAGCUAGUAAUAUUCUAAUUCCAAGUCAUACUCUAGCAAAUGCUACAAUUUGAGUAUUCAAUGCGAAUAAACUUAUCAGCUGUAUAAUAUUAUUAGCUGAUGGCACUACAAUUCUCUUAAGAAUUUCUACGCUAACUCUUAGCUGAUGUCUAGAGAACUAGCAAUUACUUUUUCAUCCGAAUUUUAGCAAUAGCUAGAACUAAUGACUAGUUGAUAGCCAAUAGAUUCUAGUUUUCAUUCACUCGACCCAUUGUAUCCAGUAUUUUAUACAAUCACAAUUUACUUGGAAAUCUCCAAGGUUACAGAACUAUGAUUGAUCUUGGUCUAAUUUUUGCUAUGUCAAUUAUAAUAAUAUUAUAAUAUUAUUAUUAUGUCUUGGUUCAUAUUACUGAGGCUUUUUUAUUAAAAAUGUUGAACUCUUGUAAAACAGGAAUAGCUGACUACUGCAUAAGACUCCUACACACUUGAUAUGCACAAAUCAUGUACAUUAUUUCAAGUAUAAUGUAUGGGAAUCUUGUAGUCAGCUUGUUUCUUCUUUCCAGACUUCAAAUUUCUUUUGAAACAGGUUCCUGGUCUUUCUUCCAACAAUAAUAAAUAAUAAUCGUUGAUAUUUUUACACAUGAUUUUUAAAUUGUAUUUGUUAUGGUCAUUUACAUUUUUAUAUUUUGCCAUUAUUUAUAAAAAUUUGAAACUUAUAUGCCAUCUAAUGUGAUGUAUGUAUCAUUAAAUGCAUUUGUGAUGAAUUUUAA